AAUCGCUACGCUCGCUGGUAUCUGUUUUGAAUGUGUCUGUUAGUGAAGGGUAGGAAGAGGCCGUCUUCUUUUUGCUCAUUUUUAUAGGUUAUUUUCACCAUGAGUAGAAGAAGGGGAAGGAGCAGUAGCUCAGAUGAAGGACUCGACAGCUUUCACAUCUCGGCGUUUGAGAGAGGAGAGACGGGGCUGUUGGAUGAUGAAGAUGGUACCGAUGUGCUUCUGGGAUCUCGCUUAGAGGAGGAAUUAAACUGCAGCAUUGAGAAAAUGAGGGAGGAAGAGGCUGUCCCCAUUGCCAGAUUAAUUCGUCUGGAAGGAUCAUUAGGUAGCAGCAGUCAAGGAAGUAGUAACAACAGUCCACAUCCAAUCAUGUUGGAAUCGGCAGCUGCCCAUCUCAGCGGCACGCUAGAAUUGCUAGAGGAUGUGGAAAUGCCUUCACUGAGUUUGUGUGAAAGUGCAGAGUUAGUGUCGCUAGUGUCUAUAUCACCAAACAGCCCCAUAAAGUUGGGUUUUAGCUUUAAGGAUGAUGGCCCUGCAAAUGGCACUUUUGUGGCUAAGGAGCAGAGAGGGGGUGUGUAUUCUGUAUCGUCUUCAAAUUUCAGAAAGGCACCGCCUACAGAAGAAAUUGAUAUAGCAGACAAAAUUGCCAUGUUGAGUGCUAUGCCUCCAACAUUUCCAUCAGUCAAUACACUCAUAACAUUGGAUGAGAAGGAGACCUCGCAAAAUGCAGCACGAAGAAUGACCCUAGAUCAAACCAAGUCAUUCUCAGGGGCAUUCCUGGCUGAAGCUUGCGGCAUUGUCGAAGAGCUGGAUGGAUUAGCAGCCAACAUGACCUCUUCACCCCUUGCCUCUCCUGAACGUCGGGUAUCCCCAGACAGGAGAAUGACUCUAGGACCUGAUAUGGAUCUCUUAGAUAUGGAAAACAUGAAUGACAGUCUCCUCUCAUCUCUGGCAAUUGCAAAUUCACCAGUGAAGAAACCAGCAUUGUCUGCUGUUCCUUCACCUUUGCCAGGUCAUGAAGUGAAGAAGGAUAAGGCUCUACCAGUUCCAGUGAAAGCAGUUGAUUGUACAUACGAUCGACUCGCCCAGCUGCUGAAUGAGACCCAGGAUGUUGUUAGUGGUCCUGCUGCCACUGCCCUAGGAAAAGCAGGUGAUGUAAAACCUGGGGCAGUCAACGCUACUUUCCUGCAGAGUAGCAACCAGAAACUUCUGAACUCUACUUUCGAUAGAGAGCAACCUCCUGCUGAGCAGAAGCUGGCCAAUAAUCCCAAUGCAAAUGCAACCUUUGAUCAGAAGCAUGUGAUUGCUGCAACCAACAAAACAUUUGACAGGUUGGAGCACCAAAUGGCAGCAAAUACAACAUUUGAAAUGCCAGACAUCAACUUCAUAAACACAACCUUUGACAGGAAGGAAAACCAGCAGGCAAAUACCACCUUUGACUUCCAGGCUGCAACUGAAGCGAAGAAUGAAAAUCUAAAUAUAACUUUUGAAAAGGGAGAAUACAGGAUUCCCUCCAUGAAUGAAACUGUCAAUUUGAUGGAUGCAGAAGGAGAUGUGUUGAAGCUGAUUCUAGACUCCACUCCCAAAAAAUCGAGCAGCGCUGCACCCGAAGCUGCUUCCACUCCUAAAGGAGCAGCCAAGCCUCAUCAAAUAGCUUCCAAAGGAACGAUUACCAAAGAUCCUACACAGUCAUUCCUUCACCGCAUGUCACUGAAUUUAAGGAAUGAGCAAGCCAAGGCUGCUGCCCCAGAUAACAGCCAGCAACCAGCGGCAGAACCGCAGUCUCACACUCAAGCACUGAGCAAUAGAAAUGCUGUUCCAGGUUUCAAAAUGGGAAAUUUGGACCAGCAGGCAGUGAGCAACCAGCUGAGACGUCUUCACAAUGCCCCCACAGCUGUGCGCAGUAUUUCAGGUCCAAUGAGGGCCUUGCCAAUGCAUGCUUUCCCAUUACAGCAAAGUUGUGUGAAACAAGUUGAAAAUGCAAUCACUCCGGAUGAUGAAGGCAUUACAGCCCUUGACUAUAACACUCCUGCUGAACCUGCUGUAAAAGAUGCAAAAACCACCUUUGGAUCACUAAGUAGCAUUGAAAAUGAAAGACCAUGUACCCCUGAUAUAGGAAUAGCAAUGAAUCAUCGAACAUCAACACCAGAUGUUUUCAGGCCUGAUGAUGGCAGUGGGCCUCGCAUUACCAGCACUCCAGCAAUGAGAGGUGGUGUUUUCUCCAGAAUGGUGGGCAUGGAUGGGCCUGUUCCAACACCCAUCAUUGCUCCGAUCUCACGACUUCAGAGAGUUGUUAGCAUUGCCAGCACAGCGUCAUUGCCAGAAGAUAGUCAAGUGCACCUCUCAGAACUAACAUUGGAGCUUUAAAGAACAAAGAUCCUGGUGAAUCAUUAAAAGUAAGAACUAAAUUGGUCCACUCUAAUAGCACACAUGGACAAGAUACAGAUAACAAAACCACAAUCCAAGGAAGAUUAAAACCACCAAAUAAGAGAAUGAAGCCAUCUUCUCCCCUCAAGAGUCCACCAAAAGCUGAGCUCAAACAACCCCAAAAAAUCCCACAGCCUACCCAAAAGAUAGCUGUAGGAUCCCACACUUCAGGAUUAACAAGUAAACUGGCAAGGCCACAAAUGGCUUCAGGUUUUCAACCCCCUACAGCCCAAAGCAAGAUUACAUCAUCUGGGAACAGUGCAGUUUCCAAGCUGCCUGGAUUACGACCUCCAUCAAAUGUUAAGCCUGCGGCAGUGAAGAGGGUUUCUGGUAUAAUGCCUCCCACUACAAACAAGCCAAAUGUGCUUCGACCUCCAAGACCAAUGGCUCGAUAAUUUGUCUUAUUACACACACUGAUCAGAUGUCAGUAUUUAUGGGAAGAGUCGCAGGUAAUUUAGAUAUUGUUACAGUGAGGCUGUAUUCAGUGAUUAAAAUUGUUGGUAUUGUAAAUUAAAGUGUAUCAGUGGGAGCAAGAUACUAUAGCUAUUCUUGGAUUUUUAAAUGUACAAUGAGGUAUGUUGAGAAGUGAUAUUUUAUUAAUUUCUUAGACAACUAACAUAUGUGAACUAUUUUAUUGAUUAUUUAUUAUGUCCAUUAACAUGAUGGAACCUAGGAAUUUUAUUUUAUGUCAUUUUAGUGCUUUACAUAUAUUUAGUUUUCAUGCCAGAAAUUACUUUUUUCCUGUUUUUUCUUGGUGUAAAAUGCCAUACUUUGAAAGGAUACAUAACAGUGUACAUAAUAUUUUGAAUAAAGUUAUAUUUAGUGGAC